GUCAUAAUUUGGCAGGGAGCGGCAGACGGGGAAGCGGUUCCUAGAUACUGACAGCAGCGUGUGGAGUCAUUCAGAUUCACCACAUAGAGAGCGGGUGGACUUGACUAUUUGAGAACGGGAAAGACAGAAGGCAGUGUCCCUGGAAAUAAACAGUGGAACGAUAUAGUCCAAGCUUUUUGCUUUGUUGGAAUAAACGAGCUGUCAUCGGACAAGAAAUCAUGACAACUGCAACAUCACCCAUCCUCCUAAAAUGGGACCCCAAAAGUCUGGAGAUUCGGACCCUGACUGUGGAGAGACUGUUGGAGCCCCUGGUCACACAGGUGACCACUCUGGUGAACACCAGUAACAAAGGCCCGUCCAGUAAAAAGAAGGGCCGCUCUAAGAAGGCCCACGUGCUGGCCGUGUCUGUGGAGCAGGCCACGCAGAACUUCCUGGAGAAGGGCGAGCAGAUCGCCAAAGACAGCCAGGACCUGAAGGAGGAGCUCAUCGCUGCCGUGGAGGAUGUCCGCAAGCAAGGAGAGACCAUGCGCGUGGCAUCAUCGGAGUUUGCGGACGACCCCUGCUCCUCGGUGAAGCGCGGCACCAUGGUUCGGGCCGCCCGCGCCCUGCUGUCUGCCGUCACCCGCCUGCUCAUCCUCGCCGACAUGGCCGACGUCAUGAGGCUGCUGGCCCACCUGAAAAUCGUGGAAGAUGCUCUGGAAGGUGUGAAGAAUGCCACCAAUGAGCAGGACCUGGCCAACCGCUUCAAAGAGUUUGGGAAGGAGAUGGUGAAGCUGAACUAUGUGGCAGCUCGCCGACAGCAGGAGCUGAAGGACCCUCAGUGUCGGGACGAGAUGGCGGCGGCACGGGGGGCCCUGAAGAAGAACGCCACCAUGCUGUACACAGCCUCCCAGGCCUUCCUGCGGCACCCUGACGUGGCGGCCACGCGCGCCAACCGCGACUACGUCUUCAAGCAGGUGCAGGAGGCCAUCGCCGGCAUCUCCAGCGCCGCCCAGGCCUCCUCGCCCAACGACGAGAAGCACGGCCACGCCGGCAUCGGGGAGCUGGCCGCCGCCCUCAACGAGUUCGACAACAAGAUCAUCCUGGACCCGCUGACGUUCAGCGAGGCGCGGUUCCGGCCGUCCCUGGAGGAGCGUCUGGAGAGCAUCAUCAGCGGGGCGGCUCUGAUGGCCGACUCCUCCUGCACACGUGACGACCGCCGCGAGCGCAUCGUGGCCGAGUGCAACGCCGUCAGGCAAGCGCUGCAGGACCUGCUGAGCGAGUACAUGAACAACACGGGGAGGAAAGAGAAAGGAGAUCCGUUAAACACCGCCAUUGACAAGAUGACCAAGAAGACCAGGGAUCUUCGCAGACAGUUGCGAAAAGCAGUGAUGGACCACAUCUCAGACUCCUUCCUGGAGACGAAUGUGCCUCUGCUGGUUCUCAUUGAGGCGGCCAAGAGUGGGAACGAGAAGGAGGUGAAGGAGUACGCCCAGGUCUUCCGUGAGCACGCCAACAAGCUGGUCGAGGUGGCGAACCUGGCCUGCUCCAUCUCCAACAAUGAGGAGGGUGUGAAGCUGGUCCGGAUGGCUGCCACACAGAUUGACAGCCUCUGCCCACAGGUCAUCAAUGCCGCUCUCACCCUCGCGGCCCGCCCACAGAGCAAGGUGGCCCAAGACAACAUGGACGUGUUCAAGGACCAGUGGGAGAAACAGGUCCGCAUCCUCACCGAGGCUGUGGAUGACAUCACCUCUGUCGAUGAUUUCCUGUCUGUCUCAGAGAACCACAUCCUGGAGGAUGUGAAUAAGUGCGUGAUUGCGCUACAGGAGGGAGACGUGGACACCCUGGACCGGACCGCCGGGGCCAUCCGUGGCCGUGCAGCCAGGGUGGUGCACAUCAUCAAUGCCGAGAUGGAGAACUACGAGCCAGGGGUGUACACUGAGAGAGUCCUGGAGUCCAUCAAGCUACUGUCUGAGACAGUCAUGCCCCGCUUCGCCGAACAAGUGGAAGUGGCCAUCGAGGCGCUCAGCACCAGCCCGCCGCAGGCCUUCGAGGAGAACGAGUUCAUCGACGCCUCCCGCCUGGUGUACGACGGCGUCCGAGACAUCAGGAAAGCCGUCCUGAUGAUACGGACACCUGAGGAGCUAGAGGACGACUCCGACUUUGAGCAGGAGGAUUACGACACCCGCAGCCGAACCAGCGUACAGACGGAGGACGACCAGCUCAUCGCCGGACAGAGCGCCAGGGCUAUUAUGGCCCAGCUGCCCCAGGAGGAGAAGGCAAAGAUCGCCGAGCAGGUGGAGAGCUUCCGCCAGGAGAAGUGCAAGCUGGACGCUGAAGUGGCCAAGUGGGACGACAACGGCAACGACAUCAUCGUGCUGGCCAAGCAGAUGUGCAUGAUCAUGAUGGAGAUGACGGACUUCACCAGAGGCAAAGGUCCACUGAAGAACUCAUCGGAUGUGAUCAACGCAGCCAAGAAGAUUGCAGAGGCAGGCUCCCGGAUGGACAAGCUGGCCAGAGCUGUAGCUGACCAGUGUCCUGACUCUGCCUGCAAGCAAGACCUGCUGGCCUACCUGCAGAGAAUCGCGCUGUACUGCCACCAGCUCAACAUCUGCAGCAAGGUGAAGGCCGAGGUGCAGAACCUGGGAGGGGAGCUCAUUGUGUCUGGGCUGGACAGUGCCACGUCCCUCAUCCAGGCCGCCAAGAACCUGAUGAACGCGGUGGUGCUCACGGUCAAGGCCUCGUACGUGGCCUCCACAAAGUACCAGAAGGUCUACGGCACGGCGGCCGUCAACUCGCCCGUGGUGUCGUGGCGCAUGAAGGCCCCGGAGAAGAAGCCCCUGGUGAAGAGGGAGAAACCGGAGGAGUGCCAGACGCGGGUCCGGAGGGGCUCCCAGAAAAAGCACAUCUCGCCCGUCCAGGCCCUGAGCGAGUUCAAGGCCAUGGAUUCCUUUUAAUCGAAGCGGAAAAGGCCACGCACGAAAAAAGUGCUUAGAAACCUUUCGUUUUUGUGUUUUCUUUUUCUUUUCUUUUUUUUUCUUGUCCUUUUUGUUUAUCUAGGUUCAGCUCACAGACACUCUCUUGGCAACUGUGUGUCUGUGCGAAAACUAGAAGGAGUAGCUACCUAUCAAUUUUGUGGUACGAUUAGCAUGAGGCAGAGUAUGCCAGAAAACCCUGGACCAGACUGUCAAGAGGUCCCGAUCUUAAUUUCAUUAUUUAUUUCUGUCUAAACCUGUGAGGGCCCCACUUGGGAGUCUACCUGUGAAAGGUCAAAUUUAAGAAUGGGGCGCAAAAAAGUUUUUGUCUUUGGAAAAAAAAAAAAAAAAAGUUGACAGGUAUGCCUUCUUACUACCAGACCUUUACCAAUUCCGUAAUAUCAGGAUACAAGUGUUUCAUUUCAUGAUGAUGAUGAUGAUGAUGAUGAUGAUUAUUAUUAUUAUUAUUAUUAUUAUAUUGGUAAGACAUUUUCUAAUAUUCUGAAUGGAAAUACUCAUGUCAGCUAUAGCUAUUUAGAAAUAUUGACUCAGUGGUAAAGGGAUUGUACAAGGCUGUUGCUCUUCCUAACCUAAUUAAUAUUUUUGGUUUGAAUGUUUACCUGUAGUGGUAUGAUAACUCUUAUGUUAAACCUACUUGAAAUUGUUAGUAUACAAGUCUUUUUUCUCGUUCCUAAUGAUCCAUAUCGUGUUAUGAAGCACAGUAUGGUAACUGGUAUUGCCUUUUUGGAUCUAUUUAUUUAUUUAAUUACGAUAUCACUAACUAUUGCUGCCAGGUUGGACAGUGUGUAGAAAGUAACAAGUUCAGAGGCGGAGUGGUUUGACUAGUUGUGUGGAUUGCUUGGAGAAUAGUGUUCUACAUACCUUUAUAUUCACGGUUCUCUAAUAAACCCUUCAACUUAACUGUG